AUGCUUUCCGCCCUCAAGGUUCAAUCCAGUAUUAAAAAUCUGUUCGCCAUCAUUGAGCAUCAAAGAUUGUUCUUAAUGGAUUUCUUUUUUGGAAAUGUUGGGUUUCUGAAUGUCGACAUAGAAAAUGAUGAUGGCUAUGAGAAUUAUAUUUAUCACCCACAUUCAGGGCCAGCAUCUGGGCUGGUCAUCAAUCCAUUUUCCAUGUCAAAGAUUUUCAGUUCUUGCUAUGGUGGAUUGAUCAGGUUGAUGGAUGUAGAGGAGAUGUUUGAUUUGAUUUUCAGUUCUUGCUAUGGUGGAUUGAUCAGGUUGAUGGAUGUAGAGAAGGAGAUGUUUGAUUUGGGGCAUGGAGGAGUCAAUGUAUGGGAUUUGAAAGCAGGAAAACCCCUGUCAUCUUGGAAUUUACACGACGAUAGGAUCAAUACCAUAAACUUUAACCCAGAAAAUAGUAAUAUGAUGGCUACAAGUUCCUCAGAUGGCACUGCUUGCAUUUGGGAUUUAAGACACAUGGAUGCAGAUAAACGUAAAUAUUUGUCGAAGACUCUUUGCCAUGAAAGAGCCGUGCAUUCUGCUUACUUUUCACCUUCUGGAAGAUUUCUGGCGACAACAAUUCUUGAUGACCAAGUUGGCUUAUUAAGUGGAGCAAAUUAUGAGGAAACAUCUAUGGUUAAUCAGAAAAGCAGGCGUAAUUCCGCGUAUGGCUUCAGUAAAUUCGAAUUUUGA